GCCGAUUCUUCAGCAACUCCCUACCCCAUGGCACGAAGGCAAAUAAGAUGAACCUAGCGAUGUUUGGGCAAAUGUUGAAAAUGGCACCAACGACAAACAACAACAAAACGUUGCUUGAUCUUGUUGAGAAUGACAUUGGUGAGACUGGUUAUCACAAGGUGGUGGCAAUGGUUGGUCGAUCAGGUGCAGAAAAGACUGCAACAGUAGUCGAUCUAGCAAAACAGCACUUUGUUGUUUACUGUGUGUGUUCUGAUCCAGGCAGUAUAGCUAUGGCAGACUUUGCAGACCAAAACUUUGUUCUCCUUGCAAAGGAUGUUGAAGUGAUGGCCAGCAACCUUCAGAAGCCAGAUUCAGUUCAGGCACUGAAGGACAAUGACACAUGUCUGAAACAACUUGCAGGAGAACGUGUUGAAGUUGAAUUCCUGGCACGGUUGCUAUUCCUACAACUACUUUUCAAGAUGAAACCUGAACUGACACCAGAGCAGUUUUUCCGUGAACAGAUGAAUGGAGGGGUCACAACAAUUGGAAAGCUAGUGCGAACACUACGCCAAUAUGAUCAAACAACAAUUGGUGACAUGCUUUUUCAUGUGCAGGAUAAUCUUACAAAGCAUAUUUACAGCCAAGAGCGAGGACUGGUGAUUGUUUUGGAUGAGGCCCAUGUUGCAGCAAAGCGUAUCCUGGCUGGUAAGCUACUUACACCCUCUAUACUAUCACCUUCUGAAAGCCCAGAGAAGCAAUUAGAAGUGCUGUUGAGUAUCCUCAAUUGCAAGAAUGAGCUGCAAGAGGAAUACCGGCGUGGUUUUCUCACACCUCUGUGUGCAACACUGAGUAACAUGUGUGCAACACUGGUGGUGCUUGGAACAUCAUUGUCACUGGCAGAUGCAGACCAUGUAUACACAGCAGUUGGCAAGAAGACAAACUUUGAAAAAAUUACAAAUUUUCCUUCACUUGAUGAGCAAGAUGUGGAUAAUCUGUUAAAAAAUGCUAUUGACUUAUCUGACUGUGAAAUCCCACCUGCUAAGCAGCAAAAACUUAUUAUUAUAGGACGGCCUCGUUUUUCAGCUAGUGUUAUUGGUCAACUGAAUGACUCUAACAUGCAACCCAAACAACAUGUGUUCAAUUGUGCAGUUGAUUCAGCAAUCAAUCAAAAUAAAAAGGAUCUCAAGAUCAUGGUACGCAGUCUUCUCACUAAUAAGGCAUUCAACACAGCACAUUUGCUUGGUCGCAUGGUUCUGGCAUACAAGCUUCACAAUGGCAAGAUAUCAUUUGCACAAACUUCAAAUGCUGACUUUGUGAAUCAUGCCUUGUGCAGUCUGAGCGAAGACUCUGAUGAUAUGCACUUGAUCAUGAAUGAACCACUGGUGAUUGAUGCAGUGGAAGAGGAGCUAAAAAGAUCAAAUUUGGAUCCUGAAUUCUUAGAGUAUCUUGAUCAGUUCAACCAAGUUGUUGAGAAUCUAGGUCCAGAAACUCCAGUAAAGGGAAAUGUGCUGGAACCACUCAUCCGACGCUGUUUACAACGGUUCAAUGGCUUUGAUCUUGUAAAUCUUCCCUUCCUUCAAGGUGUCACAUUGCCUACAUGGUGCAAUGGCCUGAAGCUUCAAAUUGAAGCAGUUAACACAGCAAAUGGUUUUGGAUACAAUGGUCAAGGUGUUGAAGCUGAUCUUGAGUUUCUCAAAGAUCAUCCAGCAAACAAAAUGUUGAUUGAACAUCCUGGCACACGCCAGGAUGGUGUAUGGUUUUUUCCCAACAAUCAGUAUGCUGGCUCUAUUGGAAUUAAGCUAUAUUCUGAUCUUCUCAAAGAGGCCACACACAGAGAAAAUGAAACAUCUACUGACAUUCUAUCAAGUUUUUUAAAAAAAGAUGGUGUCAGCCAAAAUCCAUCACUGCAAAGAAUUCGACAAGAUUUUGAAGCAAGUCCCAUUUUCAGUGAACUUAAGGGCAUACUUCGCAUUCAUUUUGAAUUCCCUGGAGUUAAAGGUUUGAAACCAAAAACCUGCGUAAAAAAAAAUCCAAAGAAUCCUAGUAUUGAAGAUGUGAUU